GGGCCGUUUGGAAACCGUUUUAUUUAACCCGAAUAACACAUUUUCCUAACAUAUAAAAGCCAGCUGAAUGUGGCCAAAGGGUUCCUGUGCUUUGGCAAAUGCCUGUUAAAUGGCUUCAUUACCACUUUAAUGGCCCUUUAACAGUUUCAAUGAUCUGCUACUAGGUCUCUGGAAGGCUUUUGUCACCGACUUGUGUAAAGUUACUCAGGGAUUGUGGGGUUAGAAAUUUUACACUUCCAGGAGGGGUUUGUUGCACUGACAGCUGGGACGCAUCUGUAACGGUACAAGUUUGUCUGAAAGCAGAAAAUUAGCAAAGCACUGCUCUACUAUUGCCUCUAGCACCAUCAGGCCACAGGGAAGAGAGCAAAGGGGUGGCAGAGAGAUUUUCUUAGGCAAACAAAUACAAUUGUCUUGUUUCUGACAUGAUCAGGGAGCACUAAAACCUGGAGUUUACCUGAAAUGUUCCCCCCUUUCAUUGUUAACUGACAAUGUUAUUGUUUCGCAGGGAUGAUUUUCUAGCUUUAUGUCUUUUAAAUAUAUAUAUAUAAUCGAAUCAAAGGGCAAAACAGCCCCCAGGAAAAUGAAGAAAACGGAUCACACCUAUAAAAACAAAGUGAGCCAGUCUGGUUCGAACCGUAACAUUGAUUGUGAGAAAAUCAAAUUAUUAAAAAUGUUCACCAUUUAAUUCCCGCGAAUAUGGCGAGACUGUAUCCUAUUUACUCCAUAAUGUGUUGGAAGAUGCUUUUAUGCAGGAAAUGUCACGUUUUAGGGUUUCUUUCCCACCGUUCCUGCUCUUUAUUUUUCACACCAAAUUGCGAAUCUCCUACUUUAUUCUAACUUUUGAGUUGUUGCAAUCACUACUUCGAAAAAGUUUAUGCAUGUUAAAAUGUAAUAAACUCAUCAGACAGUCAGAUGGAGCGGUGCAUAGCAAGUUGUCUCCUGGGGAUUGGAGGGGGUUUGCCCAGACAGCCCCAGUAGGGGUUGUGGAGGGAUAUGCUAAUAAAGACUAGCCUCUCUGGACCAGCCUCCCAUAACAACAUGUAUAUAUAAAGAGCCCCGUGCCCCAGAGAAAGGGCACUUUGUCUCGCAUCCCUAAUUACUUAGGAAAUUGCCCAAGAAAACUGCAGUGUGACUUGCUGAGUCUGGCUCGCUGCAGCCCAGACCUAGCACCGCUCUGUAUUAGCUGUUGGAAAGAUGGAGGUGAUGGACAGUUGCCAGUUUUCUCCAUCCGAGUUCUUCUAUGACAGCUCCUGCAUCUCUUCCCCGGAAGGCGAGCUCGGGGAUGAUUUCGAACACGGGCUGGCUGCCUUCGGAGCCCACCAAACAGACGGCCCGUGGUCCGACGAAGAGGAGCAUGUCAGAGCCCCCACAGGGCAUCAUCAAGCCGGCCACUGCCUCAUGUGGGCUUGCAAAGCCUGCAAGAGAAAGUCCACUACCAUGGACCGGAGGAAGGCAGCCACCAUGCGCGAGAGGAGGCGACUGAAGAAAGUGAACCAGGCUUUCGACACGCUGAAGAGGUGCACCACUGCCAACCCCAACCAACGGCUCCCCAAAGUGGAGAUCCUGAGAAACGCCAUCAGGUACAUCGAAAGCCUGCAGGAGGUCUUGAGAGAGCAGGUAGAGAACUACUACAGCCUGCCAGGACAGAGCUGCUCUGAACCCACCAGCCCAACUUCCAGCUGCUCCGACGGGAUGGCCGAAUGCAACAGCCCUGCCUGGUCCCGGCGGAACAGCAGGUUUGACACUGUCUAUUGCCCAGACCCACACAGCGUGUUUUCUAUUACUUUCGCCUUACUCUGUUCCACAGACAAAAGUACUACACUGUCCAGCUUGGACUGUUUAUCCAGUAUCGUGGAUCGCAUCUCUUCCACCUCCGAUCAAGCUGCGCUGCCGCUGCGGGACACCGCCUCCCUCCCUGCAAACGCCAGCCUCGAUUCCCAGCCAGGCACCCCUAGGACCCCUCCUCAUUCCAGGCUCAUCUAUCACGUCUUAUGAGCUGAGAGACUUGAAACCAACUCCAUCCACUGCUUUUACUUGGGGAGAAAGAAACUCACGCAAUGAACAGCCCUGCCUCUCGGAGAAUGAACUAUGCACGUGGAAUCCACGCGUUUCAACCUAUGUAUAUAAAGGAGAAGCUUUUUAAACUGUAUAUUUGUGAAUAGUGUUGCUGCGAGAUGUAUUUAACUAAAGCAUUCUUGACACAUUUUUUGACUUUUUAUUAUAUUGUUACCAGGUUAGCUUUUUGGCUAGCGUAAACAUUGUACGCAGUAAACAGAAGGCUGUAACAAGUGGCUUCCUGCGAAGUUUUUGUAGCAAUGCUUACGUUAUAUUUUCAUAAAUGGUAUUUCUUAACGUUCUUGGUUAGAGGAGGCACUUUUAUUUCACCUGAAACAGCAAAGCAAGUAAGAGCUCACUUGCAAACAACAUUAAACAUAUUCGUCUCAUCAGAUAUAAAUGUAUGAAAUACACAGAAAACAUUGUUGCCUAAUGCUGUAUAGUUUAUUUCCAUUCAUGGGAUGCUUUUUGUUGUAAGCACGUCAGUAUUUCUGUGGGGACCGGGGGUUCUCAAAAUAAAAGCAACUGAAAUUGUCAAAGGCUGGGAAUACAUGGUAUUCUGAAAAUCCUGCUAUAAAUAAAACUACUACAGAA